UGUUGUUUCACGUUUCACAAUUAACUUAAGGGUAACGUAAUAUUUUUCAGAAAAUAACUGAAAGCAAAUAUGACAAAACUGAAUGAUACUGAUGGAAAAGAGGCCGAUGCUAUUCGUAGCAAACUAUCACAUUUGACCUGCAAUAUGGAAGGAACGCACCACACUGUGAAGAAAUCCAGAAUAGCCAUGUUUACGGAUGCCCGGCAGAUAUCGGAGGAGGAGGGGGAUUGCCUUCGGACAGACGAAUCGCCGUCCUCAGUAGUCACAACAGAUCCAUUCUCUGCGAAGGAUAAAUAUCCCUCGGUGACAAUGCUGUGUGAUGAACUAGACUCAUGUGACUUGUCCGACCUUCAAUCUAAUGGACACCAAGAUUUAAAUAGUGUUAAUGUCAAUAAUUUACUUCAAAGAACUACACAACAGGACAUCGUGUGUUAUACGGAAGAAAUGUUUGAAAAAGACGCUGACGGCGAUACGCCUUUGCACCUUGCAAUUAUUAUGGAAAAACUGUUGUUGGUUAGUAUAUUUAUCAAAAUGGCUCCAGCGUAUAAGUUUCUGUCCAUACGAAACAAACUCUUCCAAACGCCGCUCCAUUUGGCGGUCAUUAUGCGAAUGAUGGACAUCGUGCGACAGCUGAUGUGCGCAGGCGCAGACGUCACGGCAGUCGAUAGGAACGGCAAUACGCCGCUUCAUAUAGCUUGUCGUGAUGGUUUGUACGAAAUUGUUCGAUAUUUGUUAGAGCCAGUACGACACGGAGAAAUCCAGCGCAAUCCAUACGAUAUACCUUAUCAACGAAUUCCACAGGAUUUCGAUAUCGCGAACUACGACGGUUUGACCUGUCUACAUCUUGCAGUCAUGAAUAGGCACAUGGAUAUAUUACAACACCUCAUCGAACGCGACGUAGACUUGAACAUGAUCGAGCGGAAAGCGGGUAGAACUGUUCUUCACAUGACGUGUAUUAGCGGUGACGUCAAACUGGUGCGGACGUUAAUGAGUGUUAGAUCGUGCAAUAUAGACGCACGGACGUACAGCGGAUACACGCCCCUUGACCUGGCCCGGGACUACAACCAGGACGGGGUAUACACGAUCCUUGCGGCUGCAGGCGCAAAGCAUAGCGCAGAAUCUGUGGACUGUGACUCAGAUUGAAGUAUCACUAUGAUGUUUCUGUUAACGUUAGUUUACCUUUUUGUUUGGCUUCACUAUUACCUAACGUAUUUCUACAUAUCUCUCCUUGUUACGUUACCAUGCGCAUUUAUUUCGUACUCGGUAAGUGUUUUAUGAUGUAUGUAUGCUCCAGUCAUACUUAAAGUUCGACUGUAAACUGUGCCAAUGCUCCAACACGUUAUUUGUAAAACAACUUACAAUAUAAUUAAUUAAGUUCAGCAAACAUGUUGCUAUGGCAACCGAUUAUUACACUCAGGUUGUCCAAAAAUAAACUGGAUAAACUUAAAAUACCACGUGACAAUUGAUAUUAUAUAUAUACACACACAUAUUAUUUAAUACUGUUUCAGGCGUUAGGUGUAUUGUACAUAUUGUACAUAGUUCGAUUGUUGUCUUUAAUUAGUGCUGAACUUUACAUUUU